AUGGGUCCUGACCUCAUAUUUGUGCUUCGACUUGCGGAUGGGAAGACGACCUGGGUCGCGCUCCAGGCAAAGUUUUCGUCAGGGCAGAACGGAUCUCUUUCAAGACCGUUUCUUAAGCGCGUCAUGCGCUCCGUCACGCCCUCCAAUUUCUUCUUUGACAAGGCGAGCUACAUGGCCUAA